CAGUCGCUUAGCAACCGGGAGGCUUACCUUUGGAAGCUUGUUGCAGCUCUAGCCGCGGUCCUGCCCUCUUCCCGCCCCGCCCCUCCCCUAAACUCCCUUCACCUAGGAGCUGCCAAACAUCUGGAUCAACCUGGGCACUACGAGGGGUUGAAUUUCUACCAUUAACGCGCCUUUUGACAUUUUUUUUUUCCCGACCUCCUGCUCACAUCCGUAAAACCCACUGAUUCUUUUACUACACUUUUUAUGAGAACAAGAUAUUUUCUAGGAAGAUGGUGGCAGAAAAAGAGACCCUGAGCUUAAACAAAUGCCCAGACAAGAUGCCGAAGAAGACCAAGCUGCUGGCACAACAGCCUCUCCCGGUGCACCAGCCUCACUCCCUGGUUUCUGAGGGCUUCACAGUCAAAGCCAUGAUGAAAAACUCAGUCGUGAGAGGCCCUCCAGUUGCAGGGGCAUUUAAAGAAAGACCAACCAAGCCGACGGCAUUUCGAAAAUUCUAUGAGCGAGGUGACUUCCCAGUUGCCCUUGAGCAUGAUUCGAAAGGAAACAAAAUCGCCUGGAAGGUAGAAAUUGAGAAGCUGGAUUACCAUCAUUAUCUGCCUCUGUUUUUUGAUGGGCUUUGUGAAAUGACAUUUCCCUAUGAGUUUUUUGCUCGGCAAGGAAUCCACGACAUGCUGGAACACGGUGGGAACAAGAUACUACCUGUCCUUCCACAGCUCAUUAUCCCGAUAAAAAAUGCCUUGAACCUUCGAAGCCGACAGGUCAUCUGCGUCACUCUCAAGGUCCUCCAGCAUCUAGUUGUGUCAGCUGAGAAGGUGGGCAAGGCCUUGGUGCCCUAUUACCGUCAAAUCCUCCCCGUCCUGAACAUCUUUAAGAACAUGAAUGGCCAGUGAGUGGCAUCAUCCUGUGCCCUCCCAACUGGUGCCACCUGCUGACCUCUUCAGCCACGGAACCAUACUCAUUCUAGCAUCUGGCCCAGAAGCCUCCUCUCCAUCUUCAUUUCUCAUCAUCCGAGGUGACCUGGUGUCCUUAUGGAAGACAACUCUGAAUUCUUCCUUGACCUCUUCAGCUCUACUGGUCAUGUUGACAUCACUUCAGCCAUCCAGACCCACGGCCUCACUUUGGACCUCAGGAGGACCUCACCCCGGAAUAUUAAGCUUUGACAUCCUUCUCUCUGACCAUAAUUUCUUAGCCUUCAUCUCUAAAAUAAGCCUUCCCAGCUGUUCCCUCACCUGGGUCUUUCCCAUGUUGCCCCCAUCUGUGGGCCCUUUUCUUGCCUCAGUUUUUCCACUCUCCAGGCUGGGUCACAAGGUUGAUCACCAGGACUGAAGGAGACCUCCUGCCCACCCCCUCACCCCCGGAAGCUGAGGGAUGAGGGGCGGGCAGUAGAGCUGGUGGAGGAAGGAGAACAGGAUUCUCUGAGGAGCUGCUUCAGGCUGAGGUCCUGUCCUCUGAGGAUGCACUGGUGUCAGGGUUGGAAGAGGGUGUGCCUGUGUGUCCCUGAUGUCCUAAAGAGGGUGCCCCAGGGCACAUGAGGGCCAUUCUGCCCCUCCAAGCCCCAGCCCCUGACUUAUCCAUGGUGCCUCUAGAUCUCACUCCAGCUCUCAUACCCCUUCCCUUCCUGGGGUUUUCCCUGCCAGCAUCGUCCAGUCCCCAAGCCUGUCCAUGGCGCUCUGCUCACUGCCAUCUGGGCCACCAGCCAGCGCCUCAGCGGACCCUUUAGCAAUCCAUGGGGUGGGCUCUGCCUUGGUCUCUCCUGGUCUGAUGCCAACCCGGCCACUUCAUUUCCUGCUAGGGGAGCUCUCUUCAGCUCCCAAGUUGGUCCAAAUUGGUCUGGUCUCUUCCAGGCUUCAGAGCUGGUACACAAAGAACAAAGGCCAGUUAGUCUCCAAUUCUGCAAUUAUUCAAAGUUCAGGCUUUAAAACGCAGAGAUUUUUCUGCUUCAUCUACCCACAGCUCAGCAACUGUAUUUCUACACCUAUUGUUAUUCUAUUUCUGUUCCUAAUUGCUAUUGUAGAAAACCGUGCCUAGCUGAAGCUUCGGGAGUUGCCAGUCUGUGGGCUCCCUUCAAAUGUAAAUGUGUUAUGCAAAUGUCUUCUGCGGCUGGGAGCGGGAUCCUGUGGUCUUCCCUGGGUAGAGACCGGAGGAGAAUACUGCUGGGAUGGCUGGGAAACAGGAGACAAUCCGCUGCCCUCGUUAUUUAAACCUUCACUGUUCUGAGGUGGUUUACUGUCUCCAACUUCCUCUCCCGCUCUAGCAGCUGAAUUUAAAAUACUUGCUACAGAACCCUGCUUCUUCCGGGCAGGGAACACUGCCACUUAACCCUUCCAUGCUGGUUCCCUGUGGGGACACAGCGUGUGGGCCAGCUGCGCCUCUCCCAGGGUCUCAGGACCAUGUCGGUAAGGUAGAUGCUAUUAGAAUCUAGGAACCUUUU